AUGGCGCGGGACAAACAUCCGGAUGUGGGAAAAGUGAUACUAGAAAAUGCUCCACAAAAUGAUACUUUGACUUGUCCUAUGAUCCAAAAAGACAUUGUCAAUGCUUGUGCAAAAGAAACGGUGAAAGCUAUAAUUGGAGACUUGAAUGGAGAUUACUUUGGUAUAUUAGUGGAUGAGUCCAAAGAUAUCUCACACAAAGAACAAAUGGCUCUCGUGUUGCGGUAUGUUGAUAAGAAUGGUGAGGUGGUAGAACGAUUUAUCGGUCUAGUCCAUGUUAGUGAUACAUCGGCAUGCUCAUUAAAGAAAGAAAUCUACUCUUUGCUUUCCAAUCACUCACUAAGUCCAUCUAAAAUACGUGGACAAGGUUAUGACGGAGCUAGUAAUAUGAGAGGAGAGAUAAAUGGUCUCAAAACUUUGAUUAUGAAAGAUAGUCCAUCGGCAUAUUACAUUCAUUGUUUUGCUCAUCAAUUGCAAUUAACACUUGUAGCUAUUGCUAAAAAACAUGGGGAUGUUGAAGACUUCUUUGAUCAUGUUACUAAUGUGUUGAAUGUUGUUGGAGGAUCUUUUAAGCGUAGAGAUUUAAUUCGUCAUCAUCAAGCUGAAAAGUUGGAGCAGUUACUUGAAUCAGGUGAAGUUCAUACUGGACGAGGACUAAAUCAAACGCGCGGACUUCAAAGACCAGGUUCCACCUCAAGUGAUAGAAAUCAAGCAAAAUAUCUUUUGAUUGAGAUUAAAACAUUCAAAUUUGUUUUUAUGCUUCACUUGAUGUUGAAAGUGUUGGCAAUGUCAAAUGAGUUGAGCAAGAUUUUACAAAAAAAGGAUCAAGAUAUUAUCAAUGCGGUGGAGUUUCUUAAGAUUGCAAAAGAAAGAUUGCAAGAUAUGAGGGAAACUGGAUGGAAGCCUUUGUUGGAUGAUGUUUCCUCAUUUUGUGAUGAACAUGAUAUUUUGAUUCCCAAGUUAGAUGAGUCUUAUUUUCCUGGAAAGUCAAAGCGUAAGUCUUCUGGUGUUUGUUAUUCACACCACUUGCGUAUUGAAAUCUUUUGUGCCGUGAUUGAUGUGCAACUUCAAGAGCUUAAUGAUCGUUUUGAUGUAGCGAGUAGUGAUUUGCUUCUUGGGAUGGGUAGCUUGAAUCCAAUCAAUUCUUUUGCUAAUUUUGAUAAAGGUAGAAUCAUGACUUUAGCAAAGUGUUAUCCGGAUGAGUUUGAUGAAGUACGAAUUCGAGAUUUGAGUUACCAACUUGAUACUUUCAUAUUUCAUAUGCGAAGUGGUAAUCCCAAGUUCUCCAACUUGCAAGGAAUUCGUGAUUUGGCAAAAGCAUUGGUUGAGGCAAAUCUUGUGGAUACUUAUUCACUUGUUUAUUUACUUGUGAAGUUAACUCGAUCUUUACUCCGUUGCAACCGCAAUCGUGGAGAGAGCAUUCUCAUCCAUGAAGCGGAUCAAAAAAUGAAGUGCGGAAUAGCAUUGGUGAUCAAUAUUUGA